UUAAUAGUAAGUAUAGAGUGAAGCUGAGGCAGUGGGGGAAGAUGGCGGCGGCCGUUCCGCAGCGGGCGUGGACCGUGGAGCAGCUGCGCAGCGAGCAGCUGCCCAAGAAGGACAUUAUCAAGUUUCUGCAGGAUCACGGUUCAGAUUCGUUUCUUGCAGAACAUAAAUUAUUAGGAAACAUUAAAAAUGUAGCCAAGACAGCUAACAAGGACCAUUUGGUUACAGCCUACAACCAUCUUUUUGAAACUAAGCAUUUCAAGGGUUCUGAAAAUGUAACUAAAGUGUCUGAGCAAGUGAAAAAUGUGAAGCUUAAUAAAGAUAAACCCAAAGAAACCAAAUCUGAAGAGACUCCGGAUGAGGGUCCACCAAAAUACACAAAAUCUGUCCUAAAAAAGGGAGAUAAAACCAACUUUCCAAAAAAGGGAGAUGUUGUUCAUUGCUGGUACACAGGAACACUACAGGAUGGGACUGUUUUUGAUACUAAUAUUCAAACAAGUUCAAAGAAGAAGAAAAAUGCCAAGCCUUUAAGUUUUAAGGUUGGAGUAGGCAAAGUUAUCAGAGGAUGGGAUGAAGCACUCUUGACUAUGAGUAAAGGAGAAAAGGCUCUACUGGAGAUUGAACCAGAAUGGGCUUAUGGUAAGAAAGGACAGCCUGAUGCCAAAAAAACAAAAAUUCCACCAAAUGCAAAACUCAUUUUUGAAGUGGAAUUAGUGGAUAUUGAUUAAAAUAGCUGUGCUUCAGAUCUAAAGACAUCAGCAACAAUGAUAAAACAUGGCCUUGACAAAACUUA